ACAAUUUUAUAGAUACCUAAUGUAAGACAAACACCUUGAAGCUGUAACCAGCUCUUUGUUUUGUAUGUGCUUCUCUGGUUCUCCUACACAGCCCUGGCUCUGUAAAUGGAAAACAAAGAAAGUGGUGAGGACCUUGCAGCACAACAUUGUUCCAGCUAGGCAGCAACAGGUGGCGUUAGUACUCGUACACAGGAGUGAUGGGGGCAGCAGGAGAGUUCUAUACACCGGCACAUUUGAACGUGCUGGAUUUCAGGCACUGUGAAGAAGGAGAGAUGCCCGAGAAACAGCCAAAGAGUUAAAGACAUGCCUCGUAAGUUCCUGAAGUUAACUCUGAGUGAGGCAGAUGAGGAGACACAACUGCUAGCAGAGAAAGUAUAUGCAUCAGCGCUAAAGGAAGAAGACAACAAGGAUGCCUUGUCAAUGUUCACCGUGCCAGAGGACUGCCCCAUUGGCCUCCAGCAAGCAAAGGAACAUGAACUGCUUAAGGAGCUGGCAGAGCAACAGUCAGAGGAGAGUACGAAGAGGAAGAAAAGCUUGAAGAUGAUUCGUUCCCAGUCAAUGUCCCUGCAGAGCUCAGUGAAUACAGACUGGACACGGUCAGUGGUAGUAACUCCAUUCCUAUCUCCCAGCUCCACCUGCUCAUCACUGCCAGAUAACUGCCCUGAUUACCAGAGAGUCACAAUUAGUGGUGAUUACUGUGCUGGAAUCACAGUGGAGGAUUAUGAACAGGCAGCCAGAAGUCUGUUCAAAGCUCUGCUUAUUCGUGAGAAAUACUCAAAGCUAGCCUAUCAUAGAUUCUGCAGAACCACAUCUCAGUUCCUCCGCAGUGCUGAGAACAGGAGAUGGAGCGAAGAAGAUGAAGUUCUUCCAGAUAUGUGCCCAUAUCCAACAGAGGGAGAAGAUCCCUACAGCAUAGAGAACAUCCCUGAGAAUCUGAACUAUGAACUGAAGAUGAAGGACGGGAUAGUGUAUGUGUACGACAAUGCUGCGGCUCUGAGAGAAAACCAACCCCACAACCUACCUUACCCAGACUUGGAGACCUUUGCCAUUGACCUCAGUCACGUUCUUGCAAUGAUUGCAGAUGGACCCACGAAGACCUACUGUCACAGGCGACUAAAUUUCUUGAGUUCAAAGUUCUACCUUCAUGAGAUGCUCAAUGAGAUGGCUGAGCUAAAGGAACUGAAACGUGUCCCUCACAGAGAUUUCUACAAUGUUAGAAAGGUGGACACUCAUAUUCAUGCAGCUGCCUGCAUGUCUCAGAAACACCUGCUGACCUUCAUCCAGGAAACAUAUAAGACCGAUUCUGGCCGCGUGGUGUUGGAAAAGGCUGGAGAAAAGAUGACCCUCCAGCAGGUUUUCCACAACCUCAAUAAGGACCCCUAUGACCUUACUGUGGACUCUCUGGAUGUACAUGCUGGGAGACACACCUUCCACCGGUUUGAUAAGUUUAAUUCGAAGUAUAACCCAGUAGGAGCCAGCGAACUUCGGGAAAUCUUCCUGAAAGCAGACAACCUCAUUAACGGAGAGUAUUUUGCUCGCAUCAUAAAGGAAGUGGCCCAUGACCUGGAAGAGAGUAAGUACCAGCAUGCAGAGCCACGCCUUUCUAUCUACGGACGCUCUCCAGACGAGUGGGACAGUCUGUCUAAGUGGUUCAUUCACCACAAAGUAAACUCUCCAAACAUGAGGUGGAUCAUUCAAGUGCCCAGAAUAUAUGAUAUUUUCAAGUUGAAGAAGCUGGUACCCAAUUUUGCCAAGAUGCUGGAGAACAUAUUUCUUCCUCUAUUUGAGGCUACUGUUAACCCACAGAAGCACAAAGAACUUCAUGUUUUCCUCAAAUAUGUGUCAGGCUUUGACAGCGUGGACGACGAGUCCAAACACAGUGAUCACAUGUUCUCCUUCAGGAGCCCAAAGCCUGAACAGUGGACUGCAGACGACAACCCUCCCUACAGCUACUACAUCUUCCACAUGUACGCAAACAUCAUGGUCCUCAACAACCUCAGAAAAGAGCGUGGACUGAGCACCUUCCAGUUCCGUCCCCAUUGCGGAGAAGCUGGAUCAAUCACUCAUUUGGUCUCUGCCUUUCUCACAUCUGACAACAUCUCACAUGGACUCAACUUGAAGAAGAGCCCUGUGCUGCAGUACCUGUACUACCUGGCCCAGGUGCCAAUUGCAAUGUCUCCACUCAGCAACAACAGCCUCUUCCUGGAAUACUCCAAAAAUCCUCUCCGAGAGUUCCUGCACAAAGGCCUGUGCGUGUCCUUGUCCACAGAUGAUCCCAUGCAGUUCCACUACACUAAGGAACCACUAAUGGAGGAGUACGCUAUAGCAGCUCAGCUGUGGAAGCUAAGCACCUGUGAUGUGUGUGAAAUAGCCAGAAACAGUGUGCUGCAGAGUGGACUGUCUCACCAGGAUAAGAAGCACUUCUUAGGCGCAAACUAUCUGAAGGAUGGGCCUGAAGGGAACGAUAUCUGUCGGACCAACGUCGCCCAGAUCCGCAUGGCCUACAGACAUGAAACACUGUGCAAUGAACUUAGCUUCAUAGUUGACGCAGUGAAGUCUGAAGUUAUGAAUUCCGAGUAUGAAUAAAAUCCCACCAUGCUGAGCA